UCUUUCUCGUACGGUCCUGCCACCGCGACCGCGACCGCCGCCUUGUCGCUCGCACUCGCUUCGAACGUUCACCGCGUCGUUGACGUCCUGAUCGCUACCGAAGAACCGACCACGGGCCGCAUUCGUAGCGCACUCGCAUCCCGGAGAUCAAGCGGCACCGACGCACCGCACGCACACGAAACAACAAACAUUCCUUGUGAAUAGAUAAAACGAAAGAAAAAUAAUAAUCAAAAAUAAAAUACGCGUAUGUAAAAAGCGCUGCUGCACCGCUGCUGCACUUGGAACGUCGUAUCUGUCGCGCGCGCGAGAGUGUGCGUGUGCGCGUGUAUGUGUUUGUACGUGUGCGUGCAUCGCGUAGGUUGUGCGCUUUCCGAGGGGACAGUGCGUAUCCCGUGAACUCGUAGUAAGAAUUAAAAUUAACAAUUAUUUUUUUUUCUUCUUCUGUCAUCCCGCGCACGAGCGAUCGAUUCCCGAGAGGACCAGGAGGAGCUGCGAAGAUCGGCGGAGGAACCGAGACCGGAGUCGAGAGGUUUGCGGCAGCUGGCGCAACGUUUACCAGAUUAAACGAUCACCGUCGGCGCCCGAAACAUGGUACCGCGCAGCACGCCAUCGGGCCAACAGUGUUCCGUGUUCACGGUGACGGCCGCUCUGGUGCUGAUAGUAGCGGUAACCCUUAGCUGCGCACCAUCCGGGGCCGGGGCGUCCGCAAUUCGUCCGCCACCCUCGUCGGUAUCGGUGGCCGGCGGCCCCGAUGGUCCGGCCGCGCGGUUCCGGCGCGACGCUCCGGCCGCCGUCGAUGCGUCCCCGGGCCGAACCGUCGUCCGGCGAAAGAGGACGUUGCUCAAACUGAAACCGCUGGUCGUGCUGCCGGCCAAGCUGGCGCUGGGCGCCGGGUCCAAGCUGGUGGCCGGGGCCAAGCUGGGCGCCAAGGCGGUCGGUGUGGGCGCCAAAGCGCUGGGCGUGGGCGCGGUCGGCCUGAAAGCCGUGAAGAAGGUGACCAAGGUGACGAUCAAGGCGGCCACCGCGCUGGGCGUCAAGGCGGUGCUACUCAACUUCUUGUUCCAGAAAAUCAACCAGGUGAUCGACUUCAAGACCCGCCUGCUGAGCAACCUCGACCAGCGGAACAAGCAGAAGAACGCGCAGUUCUUGUCGCCGGUGCUGUCGUCGAAACCCUCCUCUGGGUCCGUCGGAAACAAGGACGACGAUGACUUCCUAGCUUCGGGUUCACCCGGUAGUGACCAGCAAGUAUUAGCCCAAGAACAGUCUUCGGCCGUCGCGCAGCCGGCGGAUGGGCGGCUGGAAGACGAUUCUGAGGUGACUUUUGACGCCAACAAAGUCUCUCUUCAGGUCCCGGACAGGCUUUUCGGUCCCAGUUUCACGGCCGUCACUGGUAUAUCGCAAGCCAUCGGCACCGUCGUACAGAACGCGGCCAACAGGUUGGCCCGGCUCUUAAGUAGUCUAAAGUUGGAUGUCAAGUAUCUUGAUCCAUUUGACCGCGUUGCUGGUUGCAUUGUGGAGUUCUUCCACUGUCCCGUUAAAUGCGCGGAGAGGGCAAUUACUUAUAACAUGGGAGAUGGACUGUAA